AUGAGCAUAUCAACCCCAGAGUGGACUCUUCCUGAGAAGGGGUGGAUUAAGAUUAAUUUUGAUGGUGCAUCAAGGGGCAACCCAGGGGCCUCGGGUGUUGGGGUGAUUGCUCGCAAUGAUCGGGGAAACAUUCUGGCCAUUGGGGCCAAGAGAUUGGUGGAUGGAACGAGCAACGUUGCUGAAUCUCAUGCAGCGUUGGAAGCAAUCCUAAUGGCAGGGAAAUUGGGGGUCAAAAAACUUCAUUUGGAAGGUUGCUCUCAGGUUGUGGUGAAUGGAAGCGUGGUGUUUAGACAAGUGGGGACGUCGAUUGAGGAAGUGCAACAAAUUUCUUCCAUGGUGUUAAGACCCAAAUGGAUCCGCGAGAAGGUGACUCCCAUUCGGUUCGAGGCCCCUCUGGAUGAGGAUGGGAGGCCUUUGGUUCGGCAUCAACUUCCAAAGAAAUCGGUGAAGGUGGUGGAGCAUGGGUCGCUAUGUGGAAGUAGGCCAGGAACGGUGUUAGGUGGAGGGAGUGUGACACAGGAGGCUAGACCCAAUAGGGGUAUUCCCAAUUUCUCAAGAGAGGAGGCAUUGGGGCGGUUUCGUAUCUAG